AUGAGUAACCAAGUCCCGAACCAGAUGGAGGAGGACGAACAGCCGUAUUGCAUAUGGCAUCCCGAUCUGGCCACCGAGGAGACCUAUCGUGCUUUGGCUCUAAAGUUUCCCAGUAUGCGCUAUCAGGUCGGUCGUGCCUGUGCUACUGCAGGUUACUACGACCUAUACAAAGAGUUGGAUCUUCUUCCGGAGGUAUCAAUUGCCGAAGAAGCUCGGGAAAGCCAUACAGAGGGUGGUAAGCUGAUUUAUGAUGAGAUCAUGGGUUGCAAGUCGCGUUACGCUAUUAUGAAUGACUGCAAACGCGAAGUUGAGACGUACGAGGAUGAUUACGAAUAUCCGGCGUAUUUGAACGGCGAUACUGAAGUACGAUGGCGCCUGAAGGCUCGACAGAAACUGUCAAGGGAUGAACUGCAGGAUCUCCUUCCAUGCAUUAAGGAAGACAUGCACCUUGAUAUCGAGAAGCAAGAGGUGGAUGAAGAGCAUGGCACGCUCAGCAAUGAAGAGGCGAAAUUGCUCUGGCAGCCUCUUCCUCAAGAUCUUCCCACUGUCAAGAAAACGUUGUUACUACAGAUGGCCGCUUACGACGGCAACAUUGAACGUUUUGCACGACUAGCUGGUGGUGGAAGGACGCUGUCUCAACUCGAUCUCGAAUGUGUUGAACGUGGAAUCCUUCACCACUCCAUGUUCGCACGCUGGUGGGCAGACCAGGUCAAGGAGGAUACUGUGUAUGCAAAGGCUGUCCCGCAUAUAACCUGGAUCCAGGAACCUAUUAUAGCACGUCGUAUCAUGGUCAACGAUUAUGCUUAUUUUGAGAAACGCUGGCCGGCUGGAGAUCCAAAGCCGUAUAUCAUUUGGUGGCCUCUACGACCAGAUGCUCAAUUCCUUCUCUUUUUAUUAGAAAAAUGUCCAGAGAUCACGAUGCAAACAGCGGCUGCCGCCAUUGUAUGCGAUUACGAUCAUGUCUACGCUGCUGCUGAUCCAGAACCCAGCACGGACUUGUGGGAAGUUGCUUCCUACUCCACAAACCCUUUCUACCGCGAGGACCAGGAGAAGCGCGCGAAGGAAAAGAAUUUCGACCUUGGUUGGAACGGUUGGAAAGAUCUGAUGCCGCUAUAUCGUCAAUGCGAUUUGAUGAAGACCAGAGAAUUCACUGUUCUAGAACCAUAUGAAGGAGGGAUCCGAGACACAGUCGGGCAGUACGAGGUUCCCACUAUCUAUGAAAAGAUUGUCAAUACCGGCGAUGUGCAAGUCAAGGUCUGGGAAGGUGUUGGCAGGGUAUCAUCGGUAAACUGA